AUGACUCAAGGGAUUGAUAUCAAUAAAGUUGAAAGCUUGAAAAAGAAGUAUUUAUACAUUUUUGAGCAAGUAAACCUUUUGAAAAUGGGAACUAAUGAAGAAUUUAUUAACUAUCUCAAUAAAUUUGAUCAAUAUUCGGAUGAUCAGAUCAAAAAACUCGAAGAAUGGAGGAAUAAAGAAAUUAAGUUUUCAGAAGAUGAAAAAGAAAAUUCAAUUCAGUGCAGUAAUAGCGAUUACGAGUAUUAUGAAAACAUGAUUGGAGUUCGAUAUAAACAAUAUCUUAGAUUUCGCGUUGACAUGUUAAAGAAAUCAUUUCCAGAAUGCUACGACUACUUUGCUUCUCAAAAUCCCACAAUAUUUUCGAUCAUAUCCAAAGUUGAUUCAUUCACUGAAGGAGUGAAUUUACCGCCAAAUAUUCAAGAUACAAAACCAAAAUUAACUCAACAAGAGAUUUCGGAUGACAUCGAAAAAUCUAAAUUAAGGAAGUUUCAAGCAAAUCGAGAAGCUAUUACUGUUAAUCAGAAAACAUACAGAAUAGGCGAUAUAGUAUCAUUAAACAUUGAUCCAGAUGUUAAAGCUCAUAUAAUUUUUGUACAUCCCAAGGUUGUUUUAGCAAUUGAUGGACAGACAGUCACACUGACACAAAAGAAGUUUAUUGAACUUGUAUUGUAA